GGCGUGGCCGAGGACUGAUUGACAGCUCACCCGGAUCUUCCCGGAGCCGCCGGGAUCCGGCUCCAGCCUCCGGAUCCCCGGCUUCUGCGGCUACCGGAAGUCCCGCUCAGCGACUGCCUCUUCCCAAGAGGAACACCGGAAACGUGCUCCCGACUACCGUUCCGCCCGCGCCGCGCCGCGGCUCUCUGUUCCGUUUCGGCGCCCGGAAGUGCGGCGGCCUUCAAGUUGACAAGCAGGCGGCAGCCACUACAGGGCCUGGUGCUUGAGGAGUCGGAGAUGGCAGCCACAGAGGCAGUGCACCACAUCCACCUACAGAACUUUUCCCGCUCACUGCUGGAGACCCUCAAUGGGCAGAGGCUGGGCGGCCACUUCUGCGACGUGACUGUGCGCAUCCGCGAGGCCUCUCUGCGUGCGCACCGCUGUGUGCUGGCCGCGGGCUCGCCCUUCUUCCAGGAUAAGCUGCUGCUUGGCCACUCAGAGAUCCGAGUGCCGCCAGUGGUGCCCGCGCAGACAGUGCGCCAGCUGGUUGAGUUCCUGUACAGCGGCUCGCUGGUGGUGGCGCAGGGCGAAGCGCUGCAGGUGCUCACUGCGGCAUCGGUGCUUCGCAUCCAGACCGUCAUUGACGAGUGCACACAGAUCAUCGCUCGUGCCCGUGUCCCCAACACCCCGGCGCCUGCGCCUCUGCCACCACCCGUGCCCCCUCCGCUCGCGCCCGCGCAGCUGCGCCACCGUCUGCGCCACUUGCUGGCCGCCCGCCCCCCGGGUCAUCCCAGUGCUGCGCACAGCCGCAAGCAGCGCCAGCCCGCGCGUCUUCAGCUACCUGCGCCCCCAGCACCCAUCAAGGCCGAGGGGCCUGAUGCGGAGCCAGCGCUGACGGCCGCGCCGGAAGACAGAGGUGAAGAGGAUGACGACGAGGAGACGGAUGAAGAAACCGACGCUGAAGAAGUCGAAGGCGGUGGCGGCCCUGGUGAGGGCCAGGCCCCCCCUGCCUUCCCUGACUGUGCAGGGGUCUUCCUUACCGCUGCAGCUGACAACACCCGCGAGGAUCCGCCUGCAUCCACUGCCAUCACUGAUUAUGGUGGUGCCGCGAGAGAUUUCCUUCGGGGGACUGGGGUCACUGAAGAUGUGUUCCCAGAUAGUUAUGUGUCUGCUUGGCACGAGGAAGGCAGCGGAGGUCCAGAAGGUUGUCCGGUGGAAACGUCUGCUCCACCCGACUGUGCCCUGGCUGGGCCUCGCCCGACAGCUGUGAAGACCCCGGGUCCGCCGGUGGCUCUCUUUCCCUUUCACUUGGGUGCUCCUGGUCCCCCGGCACCAGCACCUCCUACUCCAUCCGGGCCAGCCCCUGCACCCCCACCCACCUUCUACCCCACGCUCCAACCAGACGCAGCCCCCAGUGCUCAGCUGGGCGAAGCGCAGGCUGCUGUGCCCGCCGCUCCAGCGGCUCAGGCCACAGCCAUCUCUGGCACUCCUGUACGCGCCGCCGGUGCCCCGGGUGCUGAACAACCGGCCUAUGAGUGUAGCCACUGCCGCAAGACGUUCAGCUCGCGGAAAAACUACACCAAGCACAUGUUCAUCCACUCUGGGGAGAAGCCACAUCAGUGCGCGGUGUGUUGGCGAUCCUUCUCGCUGCGCGACUACCUGCUCAAGCACAUGGUCACACACACCGGUGUGCGAGCCUUCCAGUGUGCGGUGUGUGCCAAGCGCUUCACUCAGAAGAGCUCGCUCAACGUGCACAUGCGCACACAUCGGCCUGAACGUGCGCCCUGCCCUGCCUGUGGCAAAGUGUUCUCCCACCGCGCACUGUUGGAGCGGCACCUGGCCGCUCACCCUGCACCUUGACGGUGCAGUCGGCCGCCUUGGGCUAGGUCCACGCCACCGAAGGCUCCUGCUCUGGAGUACGGACCGUUCCCCUCCCCUCUCUGAAUCUGUUUUCCCUGUGGACUUGGGACCCAGAACCCUAUUUCUCUCCUACACUUGCUUAGCUUCUCUCGAUGGGACAGCGAGAUGAUCAGGGCCCCUGCCACUCAGAAACCAUUUCCAGGUCGAGCUGGGCAAACACAUUUUUGGAACCUGAUGCUGGAUUUGUGACCCAACCCCUGCCAGGUAUGGUGUGUAGAGUUGUCCUCUGCCCCAGCGCUGGACUAGAAUUCUCUGACCUCACCCCGACCUCACCCCACCCUUCCCUCACAGGGCAUCUAUGGAGGCCCAGAUGGACUUACCUUGGGACUUUAGGAAUCCAAUCUAAUAAAGGACAUUGGGCCAGUA